AUAAUAAUAAUUUUGUCAUGCUAUCUGAAAAACAAUGAUCAGGCAAAAAGUGUAGAAAUUUCCUAUAAAAAUUGAGCUACCGUUGCGAUUAUGGCCAGAGAAGUGUAUGACUUCAAUAUUAAAACAAACGCUUGGCUUCGUUGCAUUGGUACUUAUCAUUUAUUGAAGAAAAAAAAUCUUUGAAUAUUUUUCGGUGGAAUUUAAUUUCAACAGGACAAAAAUCAAGUGAAAAUGUUUCAAACAACAUUCGAUUCGAAAGCCAAUUUAUGGCGUGGAUUUAAUCGACCACAACUGUACAAUCCAAAUAUCAAUAUUGCUCAAGCUUUACUACGUGCUAUGAAGCUACAUGGAUCGAAAAUUGCUCAAAUAAGCGAUGAUUCAGGGGUUUGUCUAACCUUCAAUGAAAUUCGCAUGAAAACGAUUCGAGCCGCUCAAAAUCUCCAGACUCGUGGCCUUAAGCCAAAGCAAGUGAUCGGAUUGAUGGUGGACAAUGUGCCCAAUCUAUCUCCGAUUGUGUUCGCGGCAUAUUCUACGGGAUGUCCAUUAAAUGCUUUGACUACAUCGGUAGAAAAACCAGAUGUCAUUCGUAUGCUUGGAAUAACCGAGCCAAGCGUUAUGAUUUGUGAUAUCAAAGUGUAUGAUUUGAUCAAGGAGUGUUUGACGGAACUCAAGAAUGAUGCGACAAUUUUCACAUUUAAUGGAACAAAAGAUAGCUCCAUUGCAGUUGAACACCUUUUUGAGCCCACUGGGAAUGAGGAGAACUUUGUACCGGUUGAAGUGGACGGGGUGAACGAUAUCGCCGCUAUUUUGUGCUCAUCUGGAACAACUGGUCCGUUCAAAGGUGUUUGCUUGUCGCACGCAAUGCUUUUGGCGGAGAUAACCGCAUUUGACAUCUGCACUUCAGACGAUGUGCUAUUGAGCAUAAGUUCAUUGCAGUGGAUAUCUGGUCACAACACACUUUUAUUGGGCACAUUAUCUGGAGCCACUCGCAUAAUUACAACGGAAUCAUUUUCACCCAGUUUUCUGUUGCGUUUGAUCAACGACUACAAAGUGACCGUUAUCAUAAGCGUCGCGAAUCACAUGGUUGCGUUGUUGAAAAGUGGAUUGCUUCCCAAUGCAAACAUGUCGAGUGUAAAGUGCUUUUUAAUCCGUGGACAGCGAGCACCAUAUGCAAUGAUCAAUGAGUUCAAUACAUUUUUGCCUAAUGGAAAACUAUAUCCAGCCCUUGGAUUAACUGAAAUGUGCGGUGUUGUGACAAUUAAUGCAAAUGGCAGCGACUCAGCGGGCCAAAUAAUAAGUGGCUACACAUUCAAAAUUGUUGAUGAAGCUGGUAAUCGAUGUGGAGUCGAUACAAAUGGCGAAAUAUGUAUCAAAGUUCCAUAUAAAUUCCUUGGUUACUAUAAACAAAAGGAUUUAUCAGCAAGCGCUAUGGACAAUGAAGGCUUCUUUUUAACCGGUGACAUUGGAUUUUUCGAUAAAGAUGGCAAUGUGCACAUAAUCGAUAGAAAAAAGGAUCUAAUUGUCACUGACUUUUUGAAAAUAUCUCCAUUCGAAAUUGAAGAGUUUUUAAUCAAAUCGCCUGAUAUAAAGUGUGUUUGUGUUGUUGGUGUUCUAUCUGACAUGAAUAAUGAGUUGCCAGCUGCAGUUGUCAUUCGUGAAAAGGGAUCGUUUAUAAGCGAAGCGGAGAUCUGUAAACUGGUUGAAGAUAACAUGACUGAUUAUUGUAAGCUGCGCGGUGGUGUUUAUUUCGUCGAUUCAAUUCCAACAACUCCGUCUGGCAAAUUACUUCGACGAUGGUGCAAAGAGACUGCAACCCGAGUAUACAACUCAAAGGCAUAGAAAAACAAAAGAUGUUUAAAACGCAUCGAACAAGAUGUCGAAUAAGCGUUGGCACGAAAGUGAAUCGUUCAUUUUGCAUAUGUGCAUGUGAACCAUCCACAUAAGGAAGAUUUUUUUUUGAACGUCUUGAAAUUUCUUCUCUUUUUUCAACAAACAGUUUCAAUUCAUUGAUUAUUAUGUGCAAUAAAAUUUGGUGAAAUUUG